UCCUGCUGCCCGCCCGCGCCCAGCCCUGGACGUCCCAGCUGCAGUCCCCUCAGCGACAUGAAGCAAUUCCUCCCUCCAUCCACCCUCCUCCUUGUGGUCCUGCUCUUUCCAGGAUUGUCCAGUGUCACAUGUGCUGACCAGCAGGACACUGAGGGUCCCAGGGGACCAAAGGAAGCAUCCCCGGGACAAGGAACAAAUGGGUCUCACGUGUUACAUCACCAAGUAAAACGCCAGCACUUAGCUCGCACAGCCCCCUUCUCAGACGUUGAAACAGAUCUCAAAGUUGUCAACUGCAGGAGAAGUGAGGGCAGAUGUCAAAAAUUUUGUAAUUAUAUGGAAUUUCAACUAGGCUAUUGCCCUAAAAACAAAGAUGCCUGCUGUUUACCUCAGAACUGAGGAUGCCGACAUGGAAGCCAGAGCUUUGUCCACUGCCUGUUCUCCUAGGCCAUCAACCCAGAUGCAGGUGUUUUGGAGAAGGAGCUGAGCAGAGAGGGGCUGAGACUGUGUCAUCCGUGCCAGACAGUCUAAACAUUUUACUGCAGCAAAAGAAAAGUCAAAAACUGCUACACAUGAUCUUCUGACGUGAUCUUAGAGAAAGUGACUUAGCUUCAGAUGUACAAUAUCUUCCA